AAGGCAUCAUUGCUCGUUGCCAACGUCACCCGGAACCAGGAAAUGUCGAGCUUGUUGUGAGUCGUCGCGUUGGUUUUAACUGUUUCUUUUUCCUUUUCUAUCCUGGGUCACAAAUGUCGACCUCCGCCGGACCAGCUCUUUGGUCCUCGGUGCUGCUGCUGGUGCUGGUCGGGACUGUCGGUGCCGUGUCCGAACGGGGGACGUGGACCCUGAACAUCGACAGCGAAACUCUGAAGAACCAGAACUACUUCUUCUACACUAAAACUCUGUUCAACAGCAGCUCCAUUUAUCUCAAGGUGGUGUCAGAGACCUGCAACGGGUCACCACCUGUCGAGCUCGACGUUUCCUGGUAUCUGAGGAGCUCGCACUGCUACAAUGAAGUCUUCAGCCUGGACGCGACGCGCGCAGCAGAUUACUUCAGCUCGACGGGGGUCGAUCAAGUAGGAGGAAGUGGAUAUCAUGUUGAUCAUCAAUAUCCUGCCAUCACCUGCAAGCCAGCCAUGAACCUCGAGUUCGGCCUGGAACCGGACGAUCUUGAGAUGAAAAUGCGGCUGAGGCAGCCAAAUACAGCAGUUGAGAGGAGCGAUGCCACUACGAAGUCGAAGGUUGCAGCAGUGAAGAAAAGGGAUUCCGCCAAAGGAGGCGCAGCUUCACCCCCCCCCAAAGGAGGCGCAGCUUCACCCACCCCCAAAGGAGCCAGGGUGCCUGCGGCUGCUUCUUCCUUGGAUGUGGUGGCAAAAACCUGGGAGGACGGACCCUACAUGUUCAUCCUGAGAAUUAAAGAAAAGAGCAAAACCCAUGAACCUGCUAACCCCCCCACACCCUGGACUCUACAAUUGCAGAUACGCAUGACGGGUCCUUAUGAGUACUUAUCAGCUGCUGAGUGGCCCAUGAUGAUGUUCUACAUGGCCAUGUGCAUCGUGUACGUGCUGAUGGCCGUGCUGUGGCUGGCUCUGCUGGCUCGCCACUGGAGGGAUCUGCUCAGGAUCCAGUUCUGGAUCGGGGGAGUCAUCUUCCUGGGCAUGUUGGAGAAGGCCGUCUACUACGCCGAGUUCCAGAGCAUCCGCUACGACGGCCUGUCGGUCCCGGGGGCCGUGGCGUUUGCUGAGGUGCUCUCUGCGGUGAAGAGGACUCUGGCCAGAAUUCUGGUUAUCAUCGCCAGUCUGGGGUACGGCAUCGUCAAACCCAGACUGGGGGCUUUGCUCCACCGAGUCGUCGGAGUCGGUUUGCUCUACCUGAUUUUCUCCAGCAUUGAGGGGAUCCUACGCAUCAACGCUGAUCGAGGCAACCACUCCAGCGGUAUGUUAAUGUGUGACAUAUCGCUGGCCUUCAUUGACUCCUGUGUUGUCUGGUGGAUCUUUGUGAGUCUGGCUCAGACGAUGAAGCUGCUAAAGCUGAGGAGGAACGUUGUGAAGCUCUCCCUCUACAGACACUUCACCAACACGCUCAUCUUCGCUGUCAUAAUGUCGGCCAUCUUCUUCCUUUGGUCCACCAAGACCUUCAGGACGUCUAAGUGUCUGUCUGACUGGAAGGAGCUGUGGAUAGAAGACGCUUUCUGGCGCUUCCUGUUCUCCAUCAUCCUAUUGGUCAUCAUGUUCCUCUGGCGACCCUCGGCCAAUAACCAGAGGUAUGCCUUCAGUCCUCUGUUGGAUGAAGAGAGUGAGGAAGAGGAGAAGGAGCCCACGAUGAACGAGGCUUUCGAGGGGAUGAAAAUGAGGGGCACGAAAAAUGAGACCAACGGCACGGCCCAGGCCAUCAAGGUGGAUGAGGAUCUGAAAUGGGUGGAAGAGAAUGUCCCUUCAUCUAUAGCGGAUGUUGCCCUGCCCCCCCUGCUGGACUCUGAUGAGGAAACCUUGACCACAAAGUUUGAGAUGUCCAAAAUGGAGUGAAAACCGAAGAGGAAUGACGACGGGACGGGAGAGUGUUUGUAGAACAGAAGGAUGACUAAUGCAGAUGUUGGUGUGCGGGGUGGAUCCAGAAAAGGAGUGGUGGCUCUCCGUGUGUGUGACUUUAUGAGCUUUGUAAGCCUUGAUUAUACAUACGCUGGGAGUAGAAUCCAUCACAACUGCACAAAGUUCACCUUUUAUUUUAAUGGCCUGUUCAUGUUUAUAUUUCUAUAGAUGUGUAUACAUAUAUAUUUGCAUUUUUUUUCUUUUGACAUGUUCAAUCUGUUAAGGAUCUCUGCUACAGAGUGGGUUGUUUGUCUGCUUUUUUUCUCUUGGGUUUUGGGUUUGUUUUUCCAGCUUUGGUUCCAGUGUAUUUGUAUUUAAACCAUUAAAACUGUUUACGUUCGGAUCAUUUAA